CCUAAAGAGGCAAAGCAACAAUUAAUACAUGCUAAAAAAAACGAAUACAUGUAAUUCUGAAGCAACAUUCGAACGGUUAUUUUCAACCCAAAAAACAUUCAAACGGUCAUUUAUUAGCUCCUUAGGCCACAUCUUAUAUUAAAAUUUAUAGGCAACAGAGAUUGUAUCAAUCAGGGUUAACAUCCAAGAAAAAUAUAUUUUAUGGUUAAUUUCCCUCUGUUUUAACCUAACAACCUCUUAAUAUUAGAACUCGGGCUUCAGACUAUGCCUUUAAAUAACCAAUUUUUAACAUUAAUGCAGUUCUUGAUUUAGUUGAAAACAAAUUCGAUUUCUAUUGUUAUUCUUUUCUGAGUCACAGACAACAUAAUAAUUGGUAAUUUCAUGGUUCAGGGUUGAGCAAGAUUCUAAAAACAAACUUUUUGGUUGUGGACUUUUAAGACUAGCAUAGAAAGGACGAGGAAUUGGAUCGCCUUAAAAGCGGAACUGGCUUUGGUUAUAACGGCUAUUUAAACAAGAGGUGAGGGAGACUAAAUUUGUUUCGAUAUAACAUCUCUCCUUUUUUAGGUAAAUAAACUCAUAUGGGGAAUUUUUCUUAGGUUUUGGUCAUAUCAAAACCAAAAAAGAAAAGCAAACAAGCGAAAAUUGAUUUUAUAUUUUUCUUAAAACUUUCCUGAAUACCAAAAGAUAAAUGAAAUUCCUGCUUCUUUUCUUCUUCUUCUUUUUAUUUUUAUUAUUUAUUUUUUUAUUUUUUGUAAAUUUACAACUUGGUUCAGCCCACUUCCUCCAAUGUUAACGAAAAAUUCAUGUCCCACUCUGGAUAAGCUUUGGGUCAAUUAACGUUGGUAACUAAACCUCGUACACCAUUCAUUUCUUCCUAGUUUCCCGCCGCCGAUUUGUCUUAACCAUUUCAUCGUUUCACUCACAACCAAUCCUUAUUAUAAAUUCCUUCUACUCCUAGGCAAUUAAACCUCCCACAGAAUAUCAAAAACUCAUAAGAAAUUAAGCUCAAAGCUUCUUAAAUGGUAGUAAAUUCAUGUGCAUUUUGAAUCCCCUAAUAUGACACCAGCACUAGCAGCAACCCCUUUCCUCUUCCCUCAAGCUCCUUCUACUGUCCUCCCUGAUCCUUCACUCUUCUUCUCCCCUCGUCUGCAAAAAAAUCCACUCCCUACUAACUCUUUUUUCCAGAACUAUGUCCUCAAUGAAGGUGACCAGCCUGAGUACAUCCACCCCUACCUCAUUAAGUCCUCUAAUUCCUCUCUUUCCAUCUCUUUCCCAUCUUUCUUAUUCAAUGCUUCUUUGAUAUACCAGCUUUUCUCAGCUGAUCUUACCAUCUCUGCCUCAGAAAAGAAUAACCCAGAUUCGCAUAAAAGUCAUAUAAUCUCUUCCUUUAAUGAUCUUAGUGUCACCUUGGACCUUCCCUCUUCAAAUCUUCGAUUCUUUCUUGUUCGAGGCAGCCCUUUUCUUACUUGUUCCGUCACUGGUGGCACUGCAGUUUCCAUCUCAACCAUCCAUAAAAUCCUCUCAUUUACUUCAAAUGAUUCACGGACCAAGUAUACCAUCAAGCUUGACAACAAACAGACAUGGCUUAUCUACACAUCCUCACCAAUCAAUAUGGCUCACAGUGAAUCUUCCGUAGCUUCUGAUAACUUUUCUGGUAUAAUUCGGAUUGCCAUGCUGCCAGAUUCGAAUCCACAGAACGAGGCAGUCCUUGAUCAGUUUAGCUCUUGUUACCCUGUUAGUGGAGUUGCUGCAUUCACAAAUCCAUUUACUUUGGAAUACAAGUGGAAGAAAAAAGGUCAGGGUGAUUUGCUUAUGCUAGCCCAUCCUCUCCAUCGUCGACUUCUUUCUAAAGAUGAUUGUGAUGUAACUGUUUUGAAGGACUUCAAAUAUAAAAGCAUAGAUGGUAAUCUUGUUGGAAUUGUUGGCAAUUCAUGGGUACUGAAAUCUGAUCCUAUUUCAGUAACUUGGCACUCCAUCGGAGGCAUCAAAAAGAAAUCAAAAGCUGAAAUCAUUUCUGCACUACGUAAAGAUGUUGCGGCUCUAAACGUGUCAUCUAUAGCAACAAGUAAUUCAUAUUUCUAUGGCAAGUUAAUCAGCAGAGCGGCAAGGUUCGCGUUAAUCGCCGAGGAAGUCUCUUUUCUUAAGGUGAUUCCUACAAUCAAAAAGUUCUUGAAGGCUUUGAUUGAGCCAUGGUUGGAAGGAACUUUCGAAGGGAAUGGAUUUCUAUAUGAUGGUAAAUGGGGAGGAAUUGUAACUAAACAAGGAGCAGGGGACAUUGCAGCAGAUUUUGGGUUUGGAGUAUAUAACGAUCACCAUUUUCAUCUUGGCUACUUUGUUUAUGGGAUUGCAGUGCUUGCCAAAAUUGACCCAGCAUGGGGAAGGAAGUACAGGCCUCAAGCAUAUUCAAUCAUGGCAGAUUUUAUGAACUUGGGAAGACAGUCGAAUCCAAAAUAUCCACGCCUGAGAUGCUUUGACCUCUAUAAAUUGCAUUCAUGGGCUUCAGGGCUUAAUGAAUUUGCAGAUGGGAGGAACCAGGAAAGCACGAGCGAGGCAGUGAAUGCUUAUUACUCAGCAGCUUUGAUGGGUUUAGCCUAUGGAGACACCAAACUUAUAGCCACUGGAUCAAUUCUUGCAGCAUUGGAGAUUCAAGCAGCUCAAACCUGGUGGCAUGCAAGGGAAGGAGGUAAACUGUAUGGGAACGAGUUUACUAAGGAAAAUAGAGUGGUUGGUGUUCUUUGGUCAACAAAAAGGGAUAGUAGUCUUUGGUUUUCACCUCCGGAGUCAAGAGAGUGUAGACUUGGAAUUCAAGUGCUUCCUCUGUUGCCUAUCACUGAAGUCUUGUUCUCCGAUGUUGGUUAUGUGAAGGAGCUUGUGAAAUGGACAUUACCAGCUUUGCAAAGGAAUGGAGUUACAGAAGAAUGGAAAGGCUUCGUCUAUGCUUUGGAAGGGAUUUAUGACAAAGAAAGUGCGUUGAAGAAGAUUAUGUCCUUGAAUGCUUUUGAUGAUGGGAAUUCGCGCUCUAAUAUUCUAUGGUGGAUUCACAGUAUAACUGGGGUGAAAGGAGAUAAUAAACAAAAUAACUUACCGGUUUAACAUAGCCUGAGUCACUGGCUAGAAUAAUUUUCAUUUCCAGAGUACAAUAUGGGCAUUCAAUACUUAAGUGGGAUCUCGGUAUUGAUUAUGCUCAUUUGCAUUUAGAAGCCCCUUCCUUAUAUACGCAUACCCAUCUUCAGUCCAUGUAACUAAGCUUCUCUCAAUGCUACUAGUAUCUUUUAUUUUUUAUACAAAUUUCUAUUUGUGCAUGUAUGAAUGUAGAAUACUUGUGUUCUAUAAGAAGAAAGAACACAAUUCUGUUACUUAGAUGAUUCUAUGGUAAAAUAUGUUGAGAAAAAACAAAUACAGAGAUUUAGGCAUUACCAACUUUAUUCUCCGUCCAUGCAAAUUCGAACUUUGAACUUUUUUGUUGCCGUCCGUUAGGGUUAGGCAUCAUUGCUAAAUAUGGACAGCAAGUACUUGGUGUAUGUCUUCCAUUAUUAAAUAUAUAUAUAUAUAUAUAUAUAUAUAUAUAUAUAUAUAUAUAUUUCCUUAACACAUCAGUUAGAAUUGUAUCCUCUUAUAAAUGGAAAACUAUGUUUCUAAAAAUAUCCGAUAUCUUCAAUAGGAUAACGAGCACCAAGUCACAGCUUCCAACCAUAUUGAAAAUAUUAUAAAAUUCAUCACACACACGAUGGAGAACACCAAGUCAAAGCCAGUUCAAAUCAUAGUUUAUCGUUUUUAUUAGGCAUGGUGCUCAUGGCCAGAAUAAGCAUAUUCCAAAUUUGCAAUAUCUUUGAUUUUAAUUAUCGAUUAGCAAUAUCUUAGCUGUUUAUUGAUAUUCAUUAUAGUUAUAACUUAUAUCAUCUUUUUUCCAAGCUUUCCACAGAACUGACUGCAAUGCAACAAGAACUACCUAUCACAUCGUCUAAAACAAGCCCUUUACAUGAUAUACAUUACUAUAUUUGAUCACAAUUCACAAGGAGGAUAAGUACACAAAAAAGGGAGUCAAUUCCUAUAUGUUAAACAUUCACCCAAUAACAUGUUCCAAAUUGCAGAAACCCACUGAAACACGACUGCCAAUCCAUUAGUUGUAAGGUAACAUUUCUAAAAAUGCCAAAGCUAAUUCCUUCCUUUUAGAUAUUUGAGAACUUCAGCCACACAUAUAACACACAAAAAUGCACACAGGUAAUAGUUUAUCUUUUUCAAACGAGCAUUAAUUUCUUUCAUGCUUUCGAUGAUUGCUCUCAUUUCAUUCAUGCACUCUUCAAGUUGGUCCAAAAUUGUAUUUGUCCCAUACCUGCGUUCCUCAAAGUUCCGUUGAUGAACGUCACUCUCCGGCAAGUCAUCCUCCCACGCCCGGUACCGGCACAUUUCAGUUGCUAAGAGGCAAAAGUAACCCUUUAAUACAUGCUACUAUGCCUCCAUAAUCU